AUGCCAGUUCGCCCAUCAGUCUUCGUCGCAGCACGGUGCAGCCUGAGGAGCUCUUUGAAGACUACUACUUUUGAUCUCCUUACGUUACACGUGUUCCUUCGCCCGUGUACGUUGUAUAUCCAACAAGUCCAACAACACAAAGAAAUCCACAGGGAAGAGGAGAGUCUAAACCCUGUUAAACUACACUGUCCCCCCAAGAGCCCUGAAAGUAGAUAUUUCAAAGGAGCUCAACUCGUUUUGCUAUCGGUUACCUUGGGAGUCGGGAAACUUGGCAUAAAAGCCUGGAUCCGAGCUGGCAAGCGGAGGGGAUUGGUGCAAAGACCUUAUUUGUCCUUUCCUAAUAGCCUACGAAGUUCAGUCCUUGACGCCUGCAAAUGCUUCACCACUGCUUUAGGUGUGGGCUUGCUUCGUAUUGGCUACAUAAGCCUAAGACCUCUACCAGUUAAAUUAGCAAUGAGCGAUGCCUUACUUUUAGUCAGGAGUCUAUUGGGCCCUCAGUCUUCAGUUUGGUCACUCCUUAGCAUAGUUUCCGGCUUGAACCCUGGCAAGCCGAUCUCAAUUCCGUUAGUAGUUAAAGAACGUGUCAACGGCAUGGAAUCCAACACAACACUCGUGGCCUCAAGUCUUGGCAUGAUCUUUCACUUCCGAAAACCUGAGGUGCUUGACGAACCGAGCUCACUGCCUGUACGUGCUUCUGUGCUAUCUCAUUCUCUCAACCAGGUUAAGCGUGGCAGGUACGACGGCGGAGUAGAGCGAGUGGUGAUCGGUCUAAUUAUGGCCUGUCAAACUCGUAAUCAGCAAGCUCAGCAGCCUCCGCCUCCACCUCAUCAGGACGACCACCGUGAGACUGUCAUCAAGUUCCAGCGGCUGACCCCACCGGCAUUCACCGGGGUUGAGGGGCCCAUAGCCGUGGCUGAAUGGAUUCACAAAUUAGAGCGGAUGUUCAAUCUCUUGAUGUGCACUGAUGAGCAGAAGAUUGUCUGUGCUGAAUAUCAGAUGGAGGGAGAUGCUGACACCUGGUGCCACGACCACUGGAGACUUAGGCCGGGUGAGCGCGCCAAUCUCACCUGGGACAGAAUGCAGGAGGGGACCCAGACUGUUGAUGAGUACGAGCGGGAUUUUACCUUCAUGAGCGCCUUUGCUCCAACACUGGUGGACACCGAGGUUAAGAAGGCCACUCAAUUCUGUGACGGACUCCACCCCGAUGUCUGCAUGCACCUCACUAGCCAGAGAAACCUUCCCUAUGGUGAAACUGUUAUCCAUGCCCACCAGUUUGAGAACUAUCAGAAACUCAUUGCCUCAGCUCCUUCUCAGCCUCUUGCACAGUCUGUACAGCCCAUCACCUCAGUUCAUCUUGGCUCCAACUCCAACAAAAGAAAGGAUGAUUCCCGUCGGGAUAAUCGAAAGCGAAAACGUGGCGGAAAUGAUCGUCGUGGUGAACGCCCCGUCGCCCAGAGCCAGUAUCCGAAGUGUCAUAACUGCGGCCGUUACCAUUCCGAAGAGUGCCGAUACACCCAAAGAGUCUGCUACAACUGCAUGAAACCUGGUCACUUCUUCAGCGCAUGCCCCGAACCGAACAGACAGCAAGGAUACCAGCAGCCCCAGCAGCAACAGCAGUUUCCCCUGCCACCUCAUCAGUAG